GACUCGAAUCGUACAUGUAUUGACUUUGUACCAUCUCAGAGCUUUACAUUUAGCCCUUCGAGAAACACUUGUCAAGGUAGGCCAAUAAGGUAAUAUCAAGUGCUAAGCCAGUCCGUCCAUCAUGGUCAUAUCACGUGACGAAAAUAAUACUGAAUACGAUUGUGACCUUUUGUCUUGUUGGUUUUGUUAUUUUUGUAGGACUGUGCUUUGCACAGAUUUGCUCUAGCCAUACCUUCAACAGCAUAAGAGGAUCGGAUCGAUACGGAAGAGGAGCAUGGAAAGCACCAAGGUAGAGUUUUCUGACUAAAACACACGCAAAAAUAUGGUUCAAUUGCCCCGAGAGGGCAUAGAUAGUUAGUGUUUUAGGUACGAGCCUCCUUUAACUCUCUAAAUUUGUUUUGUUGUAGAGGGAGCCGUACUCACAAUGGUAUUGACGUCAUAUGUAAUGCUGGUUCCUCUGUUUAUGCACCUUUUUCUGCUAAAGUGAUUAGAAAAAGCAGACCUUAUGGAAAUGGAAGGCCGCAUGACACUGGUAUUUACAUGGAGGGAACUGGAGAUUGGACCGGUAAAUAUUUUCGAAUGACCUAUGGUAGUAAACUAAGUAAAGUCCAGUCCUGUCGUAAUCAUGCUCGCGUGAUUAGUUAGUUCUUGAAUCAAACGGUAAUCGUAACUCCCGACUGAACGAAUAACGAAAACUCGAUUUCGCUCCGAGUACAAAUCAGACAACAUAUCAAGAAAACAAAACGCGGAUAACUCAUCAAACUUUCAAGCCCAUAUUUUGUGACCGGUAAUAUUCCAAGUAAUUACCUUUGAAUACCGUUUCCUAUUUAGGCUACGCAGUAAAGAUGUUUUACGUGACAAAAGAUAUCCGCAAUGGCGUCUCCGUUUCCGCACGAGGGCGGAUUGGCUCCAUGACAAACAUGGCCGCUCAAUUCUCACCUCCCGGUAUGACAAAUCACAUUCACGUGGAGCUUUACAAGAGUGGACAAAUAGUGAAUCCAACACCUUAUCUAAACUGCUAA